AUGGACAAGAACCACUACCAAUCACCUGAAGGAAUGGUUAGAGAAAGGGAUUUUGUGUCUCAUGAUACUAGAGAAACAAAUGAUGUUGUUCACCGGUCAGGUUUUCAGACAACUGAUGACAACUCUCAAUCACAAAUUCAGGAUGGUAGAUCAGAGAUUAAGGUGCACAAGGGAAAAGUUCAUAUUUUCAGUACUGGUUCCAGAAAAACAUCUAAAAAAUUUCUGGAGAAAAUUGAAGUUGGAGGGUUCACAUGGUCAAAAGUUUCUCAACCCACCAAAGACUUUUAUUUUGAUGAGUUUAAGAAAUUCUUUAAAUGGGAACCUCACCUUGAAUGUGAAGUGAGGGCCGAGUGGGAUAAAAAGGCUGCCCGAUGCUAUGGCGAGUUCACAAGGAAGUUGAGAAAGAAGAAUGAGAAACCAACUUGUUUGUCUGAUAAUGCUUGGAAACAAUUCAAAAACUAUUAG